AUGGACCCAAAACUACUCGACCGGGUACUACCAGGGAAAUUUGUUUUCGUGAUCCCUCUUUAUAUUGGGGUUGAGCUUAUCCUCGCAGUAGCCAUAUUAAACAAGGCUGGUGGAGCUUACGGUGUGUUAUCGAUAUUGACAGGACAUCAUUUGAACUUUUGGCAAUGGCUCUUCAAUUUAUUACAGUUCCUAACACUCCCAUUUUACAUCUCGGCUCUUUCGAAUAUUCUCAAUCGAGCCACCAACGUGAGAAAGACCAGCUUGGCAUGUCUAAUUUAUUUGAUCGAUACGGUCAUUGGGUUGCUCUACACAAUUUACUUUGUAUACUUCUGGUUCAGCAGAGUCGACAAUAACCCUACGGGCUACGGAGACGGAAUGGCUUCCUCCGAAUCCCAAUCCUACUCUUCUUAUAUGCGCAGGUCAUCAAGUUCAACGCCAAAAGAGACGGAAGAUUUGUCCCAGUCUGCGUCACCUCAGAGAGAACUCUUUUUGACGGUAAGUGGGAUUAUCGUCACAAACGCUAUCAGGUUGUACUUUGCAUUAGUGUUCCUUUCCUUUACUAGGCAGCUCUUGAAGCAGUCUGCCCUCAAUCAGAAAUAUCACGGUGCCGACUCUUUGGACGAGGAAGUAUUGCAUCCUACCAGUGUUAUGGGCAGAAUUAAAAAAUUUGUUUAUGACCUUGAAAUGAGAGCCAAGCAUUUCAUGAUCGAGUUUUUCAGCUAG